GCGCCGCGACGCUCGCGAGUCGAACGGCGAGUCACGCGUAACCACCGUGGGCUGGUAGUGCGUUUGCGCGACCGAUCGCCGCGCGGCCUGUCGUGUGGCGGCCUGGUUGCCGAUGGUGGGGGUGAGAAACGUGCUCGUCACCCUCGAAGAGCGCCUCGAGAGACUCAGUAAGCGCCGCGAGUUCGCCGUGGCCGGAAAUCUAUCGUGGCGUUCUUGUUCGUGUUUCAUGGCUUUCGGCCUCUGACGCGCCACUUCUCGACUCUGUCGCUCCUACGAGUGCGUACGUCGAGCUUAGAAAUAUCGUUGUUUAUCAUUCGAAUACCUUCGAUACAUGUAACACGCUGGAAAUUGCUAACAGAUCGAACUGCGAUAUAUCAAAGUUUAGUGCAAGAGUCGAGUCGCGUUUCGUGUAAGAAAGUUGAACGAGGUCUGGUUCCUUGGUGAUACAAAAGGAUUUCGUUCCGGAUGGUGCGCAAAGGAAGAAACAGUCGUGACCAGACUGGUUGCUUUGUCUGUUAAGAUCCGUAGAAAUUCGACACACGGUAAAAGCAAUUACGUUAAGAGGUCCCUGAGUCGGGAGCAGUGUGUCUCGAGAGACGAUUCGGUCUCUCAUCCCUCGCUCCUUGCGGCAAGCUUGCAAAGGAUCGCGGGACAGUUUGUGGUUAGCUGACGUCAUCAAGAACAAACAAGCAGAUCGAAGAUCCGCAGGAAGAGAGAUAUUAUAUAUCUGUGUUGAGAGACAAAGAGCCGCCUAGGAGUCGUUGUCCCAACAGAGGGAAAAUCAGAAAAGGGAAUAUCAGUUGCUAGAAACGUACGGAGGGGACAGAAAAGGAGAGAGAUUUCAUCUGGAGAAGUCUGAAUUCCUGUCGGAGCUUCGUUCUAUUCGAUGACGAUUUGAAGUUUUUUUUUCUAAUUAACUGUAAUUGUUCGUUUUGACUCUCCUCUCGAUCAUCGAGUUGAAAUCAAUCCGAGUUGAUUGCUGAUAUUUUCCAUUUGGAUAGUAACGGCGUGAACAUCUAGAACUCCCACGGAGUUCUCGUGCAAGAUGAUAACAAGUGUCAGGAUCGCGAUGAACGUCCGCCUGUCCCUGGUCGACUGAUCGCCAGAGACAGUUCGAGAAAGAGGGAGACGAGGAUUUUUCCAUCAACUAGAUUGAAAAACGAUGUCCGACAGAAGCAAGUGAGGAUCCCUUUUUUUGCGUGUCCCCCCUUUUUUCGGUAAUCUCUACUCGACGGAAGAAGAUGUGCCUGCGACACUUGCUGCUCUGCCUGUUGGGCGUCAUCGUCAUCGUCAACGAAUCCGAGGCCAGUUGGGACGAAUGGUGGACCUACGACGGAAUUUCAGGACCUUCGUUUUGGGGUCUGAUAAACCCCCAGUGGUAUUUGUGCAGCAAAGGAAGACGACAGAGUCCUAUCAACAUCGAGCCUGACAAGCUUCUCUUCGACCGCCACUUGAGACCAGUGUCGGUCGACAAACACAAGGUUUCCGGGCAUUUAUACAACACCGGUCAGUUCCUGGUAUUCAGAGCGGAUCGGGAAGCGAAAGUGCGAGUCAAUAUAACAGGUGGCCCACUCGCCUAUCAUUAUCAAUUCGAGGAGAUCUACAUACACUAUGGAAUGGAUAACGAUUACGGAUCGGAGCAUCGCAUUAACAACUACGCUUUUCCUGCAGAGAUACAAGUGUACGGGUUCAACGCGGAACUGUAUCACAAUAUGAGCGAGGCGCAACACAAAAGUCAAGGCCUGGUCGCGAUCUCGUUGAUGGUACAGAUCGGCGAGACGCUGCACCCAGAGCUUCAGAUCAUAACGAGCGUGUUCAACAAAGUUAAGUACCGCGGCGAUUUUGCGCCCGUACGUCAUCUGUCUUUGAAGAGCCUCCUUCCAAACACGAACGAUUACAUGACUUACGAGGGCAGCACGACUCACCCAGGCUGUUGGGAAACAGCAGUAUGGCUGAUCCUCAACAAACCUAUUUACGUAACAGCGCGAGAGCUUUACGCACUAAGGCAACUAAUGCAAGGUCCGUCGACCACCCCGAAAGCACCCCUGGGAAACAAUUCGAGGCCGCUGCAGGAUCUUCAUUACAGGACUAUACGGACAAACAUCGAUUUUCACAAGCGAACACGUGGCAGGACGAUGGCUCCCUCUCGCACAACGGCGUCGUCUGAAUCGCGGCCGUCAUACAAACCAGAGACGUUUUCGGCUUUCAAUGCGACAGGUUCACGCGAACAUUUCGUAAUAGGCAUGCAAAAAGGAAAAGACCACUGUGUACAGGCUAGACAAGGUCACGGUUCAGGGAACUCGAUUCGUCCAAAUGGCAGACAAAACUCUGCAGAUCUUUCUUAUUUUCGUUACGAAACGAACAAAUGAAAAAAGAUCAUCGAGAAACUUCCAUUUCAUUGCAUUUGUUAUAAUUUGAAAAUCGAACAUUUUUUAAUUCCAUUUCUGUGUUAUUGAAAGAAAUGUCAAAUAUUCGAAUCUUUUCCAUUUGAACUCGAAGAUCUUCUUUGGAAAUCUAUUUAACGAACCGAUAAAAGAUUUCUUUCCGGAAGCUUUAAAGCGAUUCAAUUCAAUCGAUAGACGUGACAUUCAAAAAUGUCAAAAGUCAAAUUUCGAAAAGAAGAUUGCAGAAGAAUCGGUCGUUCUAACUUGUACGUCAGAAUGACAUGUUGACAUCUUAACUGAAUAGAUAUUCUAACUAAAAGUAUUGCUGCAGGAACUAACGAACUACGUGAAUUUCGAUUAAUUUCAUUGAAAAUUGAUUCGUCCAAUGAUAGUACACGUUCGGUGGGAUCUCUCCCUAAGAGAAACGAAAUCGCAAACCAGUUUGAUACUUGGAAGCUAAAUUUACGCGCUGAUAAUCGCCAAUAGAUGCGAUAAUUAAAACGAAAAAACGAUCGAUAAAGAUUUACUGUAUUUCGACGUGGCACCGAUUUUCGUCGAUUCCGAGCAGCUGCAUCCACAAUUCGAAGGUGUGGAAGAAGAUUCACGAGCUAUCGGGGACGGGCACGGGGGUUCCUCGAGUUAUCGCGGCCGAACCGAUUUUGACGGGGAUGAUAAGUGUGUUGGAGCGCGGCUGGAAUUUGUAUUUGUCGCCUGAACACCUUCCGGAAAUCGUUCCUGUCGUUCGUUGGCGAAAAAGGGGAGGCAAGCGCUCGAAAUCGAGGCGAACGUACCAAGAGAUGGGAAUAUUUCGUGGAACGUUCGCCUGAACCAGUGUCCAAUGCCCUAAUUGAUCGUGUUUCUCGUGAAUUUCGAAAAUAGCGAGUUAAUUAGGAAAUAUCUCUCUGUUCAUGAUUGUGAAUCAAUAAUUGACGAUUUAAUAAUUCACGACGAAGAUGUAUGAUUUGAGGUGAAAUUGCAAAUUCAUUACGAUUCUGGGAAUUCAGGAUGAAUUAUUAAAAAUAAGGGAAAUUUGGAGAAGUUUGUACGUGUAGAAGAAUGAUAGCAGGUUUGUAUGUAAACGCGAUCGCUUUGUAAUGAUUCGUUGUGGAAGUCGACGCGAAAUUUGUCAGGUGUGUAAAUUGAUUCGGUGUAUUUUUUAAAAUCGUCGAAAUAGUUGCACAAGUAUUGCGCAAGAGAGCCUAAGUCGUGCGUUCUCGUGAAACGAAACUGCUUUAAGUAAUAUUUCUCCCGAUACACUGUCCAUUAACAUUUUAUAUCUUUCCAGGUGUUUCGUUAAAGCGAAAAAAAGAAAAGAAAAAAGCAAGAGUCGUGUAGAUGAUAUUUUCGUAGAAAGUAUCACAAAACGAACGAAUAUUUGAUCAAAGUAUUUAAUUGAAAAAGUCAAUAGAGUUAAAGCAUCAAACUAAUUUA